CGAGCCAUCAUUCUUAAACCUCCCAGUAUAGGCAAAACUGUCUUAGUUUUCUUCCCCUCUCUUUACACAAUGGCAACUGUCAAUCCCCAUGUGGCUCUUCAAUUAGCUCAGGCAGCCAUCUUCAAUGGCAAAUGCUUUGAUAGCGUUGAGGCCUGCUCUCGCUGCCUUCGCAAUUUCCAGGAUUGUGCUCUGUGCCCCUCUGUUGCACUAGCUCCUUCGACCUUUAACAGGUAUGGAAUGGAUGUCCCUGCCUUGAUAGAGUCUCUUGGCUGGACUGAUGUUAUUCAAGAUCAACACUUUGGCUAUCGUCCAGAGGCUGUUCGCAUGUUCUAUGCCAACAUGAGGCCUUUCUUCAACACCAUUCCACCAUCGUUCACCACUGGGUUCAACUACUUGAUCACAAUCAAUGUGGAGUUGUUGUCUCUCCUUCAUGGAAUUCCCAUCCUGAGCUGAAGUCAUGUAUAUUUCUGACUUUCAAGAGGCAGGGUUCAAUGAAGUCGAGGCCCUCCGUCGCUAUACUCGUGACACUGGUCGGGCUUAUCCGAAUUUCCUUACCUCAGGUCGCCUUCCUGAUGAUCUUAAAGUCCUGCACUUCUAUAUCACUCGUGUGUUUCUCCCUCGAUCGUAUGGUCGCUCUUCCAUCCAUCCAAUAGAUCUCUGGAUUCUGGCAAGUGCCAAGGAAAAUCGUGCCAUUAGCUAUCCACAUCUCAUGUUUGGUCACAUGGUGACUUACUAUGAUGACAAUUAUGAUGGGGAUCUACCUUUUGCCCCCCCAAAUUACCUUGCUGCUGCAAGCUCUAGGGGUUGAUCUCCGCUACAAGGUCUCCCGUGCGGAUGUGAUUAAUCGUCUCCAUGCCCAGUUUGUUCGCAAGAUUGAUGCUGAUGUGGGACGUCGUCGCCCUCGAGUCAAUGCUCCUGGGGGAGACAGGGAUGCUCAUGUAGUUCCUCUACGUGAGGAUGGAUUAAUCCUUGCAGAUCUGGUUGAUGAUAGCACAACGAGUUCCAGUGGAGUUAAGUAGACUUCGGCUGAGGAUGAGGGUCACAAUUUCAACAACGAAGAAGACGAUAUCUCUGAGUAUGUGUCCUCACCAGACUAUCCGUUCUAAGGGUAGUGGUGCUAGUCUGAGGGGGAGUCCGGCUAAGGGGGAGUUUUGCGAUCUAGUUAGGGUGUCCUUGUUUUCAAUAAAAUUCCGACUCAUCA